GGAAAACAAGAUAUCCCUGUGGGAUCUAUUGUUACUGUGUCUAUCCUAUAUGCAGCCUUAUUUACAUGCGAAAUUGAAGUGUGGCAGAUGGAACACCUGCUCAAUUCCCUGGCAACAGCCGACGGGGGCCCUCUCGUGGUCAGCCACCUCUGUGAGGUGUGAGCCGGGGGCCGACCGGGGGGCAAGUGUCUCUCGGCGUAUGAGAGGGCGUUCUUCUCCCUUCUCUCCACAAUGCCCCAAGCUUCCGAGCACCGCAUGAGCCGGGCACGAGAGCAGGGAGUCAUCACCUCUCAGCCAAAAGCCACCAGCAAGCUCCUGAACGGACACCGGGCCCCAAGCCAAGAGCACCGCAGCUGUUCCUCCUCCUCCUCCUCCUCCUCCGCCACAGCGAACGGAUUCUCUGCCACCUCCAAGCUCCGGCCUCUGCCCCCCCGGCCGAGCCCGCUGGAUGACCGGUGCAAGAAGCUGGAGCUGGACCGAGGCCGGGCCUCCAAGCGCAGCGACAUGCGGGCCUCGGCCUCCCGCCGGGGCCCGGUCAAGGCAGACCACGCGCUCAAGGUGCCCGGCUGCGCCCCGUCCAUCACCAUCUCCGGCAGCGCCUCCUUCACCAUGCCGGCCGGGGCCCUGCUGGGUGGGCCGGACUCGGGGUGCCUGCGCAGCAACCUGCUCCGCUCCAAAUCGAUCAGCAUCGGCGACCUGAGCCAGGCCAGCAGCCGCGGGGAGGAGCAGCUGGGCGCCGUGCUGAGCCGGCUGGCCCUGCAGGACCGCAGCCCCUCGUGCGGCCACAAGCUGGGCCUGGGCGCCCUGGCCCUGAAGAGGAGCUCCUCCCUCCGGAGGGUCAACGUGGCCGCGGGGCUGGACGGGAGGCCCCCCACCACGCUGCUGUCCGUCCGCACGGAGGCCUGCCUGAGGACUCGGGCCUCGGACCCCCAGGCCAUGGAGUAUGCCUGCUCCCCCGACAUCCUGGGAUCGACGAGCCCGCCCCCCAGCAAGACCCCCGUGCCGAGCAGGCUGGAGGAGAAGGCGAGCACCACGCAUCACACGCUCCUGCUGGGCUCUGGGCACAUUGGACUCCGUAACCUUGGCAACACGUGUUUCAUGAACGCUGUGCUGCAGUGUCUGAGCAGCACCAAGCCCCUGCGGGAUUACUGCCUCCGUCGGGAAUUCCGGCAGGAGCAGCCCGGCACGCUCCGGACACAGCAGGAGCUGACUGAAGCCUUCGCAGACGUCAUCGCCACGUUGUGGCACCCCGAUUCCACGGAGGCCGCCAAUCCCAGCCGCUUCAAAGCUGUCUUUCAGAAAUACGUGCCAUCGUUUACGGGAUACAGCCAACAGGACGCUCAGGAGUUUUUGAAGUUUCUCAUGGAUCGGUUGCACGUGGAGAUCAAUCGCAAAGGGCGCAGGACUCCCAGCAUCCUCUCUGACGCCAAGCGGCCCUCGGUACUGGAAGACGCUGACGCUUUGAGUGAUGAUGAACAAGCCAACCAAAUGUGGAAGCGCUACCUGGAAAGAGAAGACAGCAAAAUAGUGGACCUCUUCGUCGGCCAGCUGAAGAGCUGCCUCAAGUGUCAAGCGUGUGGCUAUCGGUCGACCACUUUUGAAGUCUUCUGUGACUUAUCCCUGCCUAUCCCAAAGAAAGGCUUCACCGGCGGGAAGGUCUCUCUGCUCGACUGCUUCAGCCUCUUCGCCAAGGAGGAGGAGCUGGAUUCUGAGAACGCACCGGUGUGCGACAAAUGCCGGCAGAGGACCCGAAGCACCAAGAAGCUGACUAUCCAACGCUUUCCCCGCAUCCUCGUGCUACACCUGAAUCGGUUCUCCACAACCCGCUACUCCAUUAAGAAAUGCUCCGUGUUCGUGGAUUUCCCCCUCCAACAACUUAACCUGAAGGAGUUUGCCAGUGAAAAGGCCGGCACACCUGUGUACAACCUUUACGCCCUCUGUAAUCAUUCCGGCAGUGUCCAUUACGGCCAUUAUACAGCCUUCUGCAAAGAUCAGUCCGGAUGGCGGGUUUACAAUGAUUCCAGGGUCUCUCCCAUCAGCGAGAACCAGGUCCCGUCAAGCGAGGGCUACGUCCUUUUCUACGAGUCGGACGACGUGCACUGGAAGAAACAGUGAGAGUAUUGGAUCCAGCGCUUUGGCCUGCUGCUCUCUUACCUCAGACUGGUGCUUGGGUCUUUUAAAAUAAAACGGAGGAAAAGACGGCAAAACAAAACAAAAAAAAAGUCCGAUAAAACAAAGGACACUGUGUAGGGUUUGUUUCUGAGAGUGAUCCGGGUCAUCCGCCUGCUACAUACACACCCGUUUUUUCUUUCUUUUUAUUUUUGCUCUGUGUUUUUCUUUUUUAAAAAUUUUACCAGGUCUUAAAGCAGGAUAGGGAGAGACCCCAUGGGGAGGUUUGGGGUUGCGGGACGAGGCCUGAGUGGUGGGGAGGGCGUACAUGAGCAGUGAUGUACAUGCAGGGAAAAGCAGCGGGGCCUCCCUCGUCCGUCCGUCCGUCCGCCCGUCCUUCCAUCCUCCUAGCCCUCAAGGGAAUUAAUGUCUGCUCACCACUACUGAUUUUAAUGACCAUGUGACUUUGUACAUAACGAUGGCUUUGUACAUAGAUGACAAGAGAAAAAUGAAGAGGCUGAAACUUUUUUUGUGAAUAAAUUUACUAAAAAAUG